AUGGAUGGACUUUGGGAUUUCCCAGACCAAUAUAUUGUUGAGCCUACUGAUGGUUCUGGUGGUUCCAUUUUGCAAGUUAGUAAGGUGGAUGGGUCUAUGAAACUCAUUGAUGAUGUUCUGCAAUGUAGUUCUGUUCGAGGGCCAGAUAUUCAGACAAUAUAUGGUGUGGCUGGGAUGAUAAAGUUGUUAGCAGUCUAUCCACUAUUCCGACAUGCAUUGGAAUCUGUAUCUCACUCGUCGAGAAUACAGGUGAAUCUGUCAUCAAAUCUUUUGACAGAGUUGUCAGAUGCUUUUGUCAAUUUACAUAAAGAAUUUACAAUUGACAUUCUAAGACAGGAUGGGAUCGAUUUGAGUUGAAAUCUUUGUUGAUUGAUAAGGGAAUUGUCGAGACAUCUUCCACUUUAUGCGGA